ACUCAGAACUUGGAUAUUUGUUGUUUGUUUUGUAACAUUACGGUCAGUUUUCUGCACUAUUUUGUCACAAAAGAAGGGUAUUGUGCACUGGCAUGAGGAAUUUCAAUGCACCGAUUUUGACGUUUUAAACAACAUGGCCUGGUGGUAUGAGUAUAAACCUAACAUUGAAUAUUUAUCUGGAAUAUGUCCAUCAAGAUACAUUAGUUACCUGGAUACGUAUGUACCUAUGGUUUGGGACGACAGGAUAAAUGUAAAUGACGUAAUGGACGGGGCAGAGUAUAUUCUCGGUUACAAUGAGCCCAAUCAUGUAGGACAGUCUAACAUGACUCCACACGAAGCCGUCCUUGCAUGGUCGGAUAUUGAAUCAAUAGCAAACGGUAGACUCCUUGUAAGUCCAUCUGCAGCCCCAUGCGGCGGCGAUUCCACUUCCUGUUUAGGAAAUAGAGACGAAUGGUUCUAUAGUUUCUUUGAAGAGUGCGGAAACCGUUCACCAUCUUGUCAAAUUGAUUUUCUUGCUACACAUACGUACAUGUGCAAUGCCAACCAGGUGAUGAGACAUUUAGAACGUCUUUAUCAGAACUAUACUCUACCAAUAUGGUUGAAAGAAUUUGCUUGCGGGGGUGAAGGGUACGACGAAAUCGAUAACCUGAAUUUCAUGAAAGAAGUAUUGCCUAGAUUAGAGGCUUCGCCAUUCGUUUUCAGAUAUUCCUGGUACAAGGCAAGGAUUUCAACAGAUCAUUAUGUCAAAAAAGCUGCCAGUCUUCUUGAUCCCUUGGGAAGUUCAACUUUGACCAAUCUUGGUAUAUUUUAUAACGGAUUCAGCGGAACGGAGAAAGUUGAUGGAGUUUGGUCAGAAUGGAGCGAUUGGGGCGACUGUAGUGUUUCAUGCGAACUGGGUCAAAGGUCAAGGUCGAGGACGUGUAUAUUUCCAGAUCUACUAACAACUGAUUUGCCUUGUAUUGGAGAUGAUGUAGAAACAAUGGCAUGUAAUCUAGGAACAUGCCCAGUUAGCGUUGACGGUGUGUGGGGAGAUUGGGGACAAUGGAGUGACUGCGGGGUAACAUGCGGAGAGGGUCAAAGGUCAAGAACAAGGGAGUGCAUAUUUCCAGAUCCUGCGAACAUGGGAGCUUAUUGCUCGGGAGUGUCGAAUGAAACCGAAAUAUGUAAUAUACAGGAUUGUCCAGUUGACGGUGUGUGGGGUGAUUGGGAACAAUGGAGUGAUUGUGGAGCAACAUGCGGAGAGGGUCAAAGGUCAAGGUCAAGGGAGUGUAUAUUUCCAGAUCCGGCAAACAAGGGAGCUAAUUGUUCGGGUGUGUCGACUGAAACGGAAACGUGUAAUAUACAGUCUUGCCCAGAAACUCCAGUUGACGGUGUGUGGGGAGAAUGGGGAGAAUGGAGUGCUUGUGGGGCAACAUGUGGGGACAGUCAAAGGUCAAGGACCAGGGUGUGUAUAUUUUCGGAUCCAGCAAACCCUGGAGCUGAUUGCAUUGGUUUGUCAACGUCUUAUGAAACGUGUAAUAUACAGGAUUGUCCAGAAGGUGACCCAUAUUGGGGAGAAUGGGUCGUGUUACAAUGCUCCGAAAACUGUGGAAAGGGUAUUCGGACAAGUACCCGUUUCUGCUUAGUUUCUGGUGUUGAAACAGACGUUAACAAGUGCAAAGGUAAAGCUGAAAAAACAACAGGCUGUAAGGGAUUAAUUGUGAAGUUUAUACUGAUUGUACCUGGUUGGAAUGGUCAGCAUGGUCGCAAUGUUCGGCGACAUGUGGCGAAGGAACCAGGUCACGUGAACGCGAACAUUGGUAUCCAACUAACACCAUGGAUGGAGAAUGCUACGGAAGAGAUAUAG